CUAUGACAAGCUCAUAAUCGUAGCUCAGUCGUGGCAAAGAUAUAAUGACAACAAACCCAAUAGCAAAGCUGGUCAUGUGCGUGGUGUGAGACUGCUGUUGUGUAUUGUGUCUAAGCUCUUUGUCUAGCUCAGUGUACAACAGACUUUUAUUGCCUUCUCUCAGAUCAUGCAAAGAAAAAAAGUUGUCUACAAUGUCCCUUUAAAGAGAGAGCCAUGCCAGGGGUUCGGACCAAAGACUGCAAGUUGACUUUCUCCCCUGGCACCUGUGUGGGAAGUGCCACACACUCCCUAAACCAACAACGGCUUUUGCUUGCAUUUUCCAGUGUUUCUUUUGUCAGCGAGUGCAGCAAAGUUGUAAUUCUUCCAGUGCCAGCCCCGAGCUGAGUGAGGAUCCACCGACCGAAAUGGUGAAGAUGACAAAAUCAAAAACUUUCCAGGCUUAUCUGCCAAACUGUCACAGAACUUACAGCUGUAUACAUUGUAGGGCACACUUAGCCAACCACGAUGAAUUAAUAUCCAAGUCAUUUCAGGGAAGUCAAGGAAGAGCCUACCUCUUUAAUUCUGUGGUGAAUGUGGGCUGUGGUCCAGCAGAAGAAAGGGUUCUUCUAACCGGUCUACAUGCAGUAGCUGAUAUUUACUGUGAGAACUGCAAAACCACACUUGGUUGGAAAUAUGAACACGCCUUUGAAAGCAGUCAGAAAUACAAGGAAGGAAAGUUUAUCAUCGAACUGGCUCACAUGAUAAAGGACAAUGGCUGGGAGUGAGCUAAAUGAACGGAGUCUGUGACGUGUACAUUAGACAAUGUGAUUUUUCAUCAGACAGCUGAAGAUAUUAAUGAAGUUCUAAGCAAGAAAAAAACUCACAAGACUGGUAGAGUAGUUCAUGGGCACAAGGUGGUCAAAUUUUCCUUGCCACGUGGUCAUUUUUUACAGCUUUUUUUCUCUUUAACCCUCUGUGAACAUGCUAGUGUGUGAUUAGCUGUUUUUUCCCCCAGAUACUACUACAGGGACCUGCAAUGGUGGGAAAGGAUUUUGCUUUCUCCAAAUGCAUAGUCAGAGAGAUCUAGUUUAACCUUGUAACUUUUUUUUUUUUUAGGCUUGCAGUUAUUUUUGUGCAUGUCUGUAUUCUACAUUUUCUCUCUCAGACUAAGAAUCGUGCAUCAUAACUCAGAAACUGAAUAAGUAAUUGUGCACCUGUCCAAAGGAAAAAAGAAGAGAAUUAUGUGCAAGAUUUUUUUUCUUUCUUUUAAAAACCCUUUGCUACAUGUAUAUAUGACAAUAUUGUAGUACAAAGACUUUCAUUUAUGAUUGUUUGCAAAAUCUGUUCACUUCACUGUGAAGGCUUAAGAAGCAAGAUGAACGAGAUGUACAGCGAUAUUAACGCCUUCAAUGGGAGAUCAAGCAUUUAACCCCCUUUAGUGUCAGAAGAAGCUUUCUAUAAAGGGGCAGGACUGAUGUUAAAAAGCUUCAACUUCCAAGCGUGUAAUUUAGUUUACAGAUGUUUAAGAAACGGUAAAAAAAGAGUCUGGGACUCUCUGCUGGUUUGGGAAGAAGUUGCAGGAAACCAUGUUUGUUUUUUUCCCUGCAAAUGUUUUUGCUUCUGUUCAAUCUGGUGAAAUAUAUGUAUUUUUUUUUCCCCUUUGGGGGUGGGGGACAACUUCUGCUUACCCAGUGUGUUAGAUAUCACUCUGUAUAAGUCCCUAUAGUUGCCAAGACAACUUUAUAAUUGCAAAAUUGUUUAACAAAAAUGAUUCCUAUAUAAUGUUGGCACGUACAUUUGAUAUUAUUUUAUGGCUGGUUCCAUAAACCAUUGCAGGUUUAAUUUAAUGCACUGGACAAAGAGGGCAUUUGAAAUAAGUUAUUAAUGUUGCUCCUGAAUUUUGCACACUAGCAUUUUGGAAACGUUCACAUAGCUAAGCCUAUUUGUACACUAUUAGAUACCAUAUUUUCUUUUGUAGAAUAGUUCAUGUAAAUCCUAGGAUUGGGGUGGUUUGCUGGUUGAAUCAUUUCUUUCAUAAUGUGUGUUUUUUUUUUUUUUGUUUUUUUUUUGUGUAAAAUCAUUGAAAGUGUUAAAAAAACAAACAAAAAAAACACAAGAUGUCUAUGAAACAUAGAUUAAACAACUCCUAACAUAGGCUUCUCUGCUGCUGAUGAAUCUGGAUGAAGUGAAAAGGUGCUUGUUCUUAAAUGCUCCAUUAACUAAUGUGUGCAUUUUCAGCCUUAUUUUGCAGUGCUGCUUUUUAGAAAGGUUCCGCUUUUUCUCUUCAUACAUGAUGCAUGUCGCACUUCCCCUAGUAGCUGCCAACAGGACGUUUGCUAAAUCCUUUUAGCUUAUGGCUUUGUGUUUGUCUGUAAUGCAGUCUUGCAUGUUAGCUAGCUGGUCAGGACUGGCUAAAUUUAGCCAAAUUCUAGCCACAGUUCUGUCCUGUAAGAAAGCACAUUACUGAAUUGUAAACAUAGAUCUGUGGGUUUGCAGGACAAUUUAUUUUUAUAUACAACACUACAAUUACUGUAAGCACUUUGACUUAAAUAAUAUGGGAAUUCUUGCAAUAGAAACUGUGUUUCUUCCCCAAAUAUUUACUAUAUGAUUCUCUAAACUAUUUCAGUAAGAUAAAAUAAUUAAUGCUGCUUAAUGCAUUCUCUAUAGAUGUUCGCUGGAUUGCACUUUAAUCAUAAGGUAUGCUUCAAUUUCUAUUAUUGCUUAAAGAUAGUUCAAGAUAUGAAACCUCUUUUUUCAGUGCAUUGUUGAUUCAUGUACAGAAUUACUUUAGACUAAAUCUAUUAUGUAGUUGCAAAUUUGCCUUUUUAUGCAACAAAAUAUUGUACCUAUCUCAAUUGCCCAUUAACUCCAUCCCUGCUUAGAAACCAUUUGCUGUGCAAUCGCUACAGGCGGUGGAGACGAUAACUGUAUAUGUGUGUCUAUAUGUGUAAUAUUAAUAUAUAUAUAUAUAUAUAUAUAUAUAUAUAUAUAUAUAUAUAUAUAUAUAUAUAUAUUAUGUUGGUUAUCUUAAAAUGGGGUAAUCUUUGUAUGCAAUGUGCUAAUGUCAACCCUUUAAAAAAGGUUUUUGCCCUUUUGGUUGUCAACGGGUUAACUUAAUUAGUAGUGCAGAGAUGUAUUCUACAUAAGAUUGUUUAAUUGAAUUAUAUUUUCUAGAAUUCCUAACCAUUACCACCCCAUGCUCUCUGCUGUUUAACUCUGUGCUUAUGAUUAUGGCAAAUAUUGCUUACAAUUUUUUAUGUAACCAAAUCUAUUCAGCUGCCAUCAAAAGCCAGUUCUUGCCUCAUGAACAAAGCACCCGCUUAAAAAAAACUCCUGGUUGUGGCUAAGGUAAUACACGGGUCAGUCUGGUCACUGAUCCUAUUUUUUUUUUUCCAGCAAUUUGCAUAAAACUUGAAAUAUAUAUAAAAAUGAAAAAAAAAGCAUUUUCCAUUUAACCAAUUUUUGUACAUAAUAUGGAUAAUAUUUAAAAUGAUUUUUGUUUUUUUUUGUGUGUUAAUGUGUGAAAAGUUUGUUUUUGUUAUACCUUUCCAUACUUUUUUAUGAUCAUUGUAGUGACUUAACAUGUGCGGAUGUUUGUGUGCGUGCGUAUUUUAAUAAGCUGUAUUCAAAAGCUAUUGUGAAAUCGGUUUUCACCCUUUGUUUUCAUCUUCAGUGUCUCCAUGCCCUUAUUGACGAACCAACUCCACAAUGUAGGCAGGGGGGUGCAGGGAAACAAAGUUUCUAUCCUUGGCAUUGAAGAGCAACAUCUCCACCAGAGCAAUAUGAAAAUAAAUAAAACUGGGCACUGUUUGAAAGUAUAUUGUGAAUAUCUGUAAGCUUUUGCAGAUUCUCUAUAUGUUUUUGAUGAUGGUUCAGGCAAGGUUAGUUCAUCUCUUUGCAGACCCUCUGUAGAGUUAAAGGGACAGUCUACACUUUCUUAAAGUCUUACUUUAAAUUAAACUGCAAAUAGCCUCCUGCAACCUUUCUAUAUCAUGCAGCAGUCACAGUAAAAAAGUUAUUUUAAAAUGACUAUUGUUGCUGGUCACUUUGAAAUGGCUGCCAAGGUCUGCCCACUGAUGACAUCACAAUCUUGGCUGCAUCUAUGCACUCUGCUAAAUAGCAUUGACAGUCUGAUAAAUCCAAUUAGUGAUAUUUCUGUAACUAGUGAAGCCUUUAAUGCAGCCUGUGUCGUGAUGUCAUCAGUGAGCAGAGCUUUGCAGCCAUUUCAAAGGUAACAAACAAGUCAUUUUAAAAUACCUUUUUUUACUGUUACUGCUGCGUGAUAUAGAGAGGGUGCAGGAGGAUAUUUGCAGCUUAAUCUAAAGUAAGACUUUAAGAUGUAGACUGUCCCUUUAAGGAAUGAUAGGUCACUACUUUUGGAUGAGUUGCUGAGUUCAUAUGGAUAAUCCAUAGUGUUAGGCACCUACAGAGCAGUGCUCCAGCACAAUUAGCCACCAAGGCAACUGAAUUCUGAUACUGCAUUUGAAGAUACAAUUUUUCUGUCCGUUCUACUGAGUGAGAGGAAUUACUGCAUGAUAUGAUGCAUUACACAUAGUAUAAGCCGCAAAGUCACUUUAUUUACACUCAGUGCUUUCUUUUUUUAAGCAGACAUAGCUUUGUUGUUCUGUCUAGCAAUAUUGUACAACACUUGUGUGAUUGUUUGUUUCACGUUGUAUUCUAUUUGAGAUAUCACAAUAAAAAGCUUUAAUCAGCAA